UGCGGACUUGUUCUCCAAAACGAAACCGUGACGCAGCAGGUGCCUCAAGGGAGGGAGAGGACGACGACCCCCAGCUUCCCGUCUACUCGAUCCCCCCGCCCCCCUGUUUCUAGGGUUUCCGCUCCUCCUCCCCGAUCCCCGUCUCGCCGCCGCCGCCCCUCACGUCCCCUCCCCCCGCCGUCGAUGCGUGGUGGCGGUUUCGUUAAUGAAAUGAGGCAUACUGGUAAACGCCCUCAGCAACACAGGGACCAUGACAGAGAAGAUAGGAGGGACCAAAAGAGGAGGCCAGUACCACGUACCCAGGAAAACUCCAGUAACGAUGAAUUGGUUGUUUACCGCAUACUCUGUCCAGACAGAGUAAUAGGUAAUGUAAUUGGCAAGAAUGGCAAGGUGAUAAACUCUAUCCGUCAACAGACCAAUGCUAAAGUCAAGGUCGUUGACCCUUACCCUGGUGCAGACAAAAGGGUUAUAUUGGUAUAUUGUUAUGUCAAGCAUAGAAACCUAGAUGUUAAUGACGAUGAUGAUAGGGAGCCUGUUUGCACAGCACAAGAUGCAUUACUCAAGGUACAUGAGGCAAUUGUUGAUGCUCUGUCCAUCACUAGUGACUCCGAUAAUGAAGAAGCAAACAUCCUUGUACCAGCUAGUCAAUCUGCAAGUGUUAUAGGAAAGUCUGGUGCUGUCAUCAAGAGGCUUCGGUCAACUUCAAAAGCAUUUAUUAAAGUGACCCCAAAAGAUCCAAAUGAAGUUACCCACUCAUGUGCUAUGAGUUUUGAUAAUUUUGUUCAGAUAACUGGUGAUGCUAGAGCUGUCAGAAAGGCACUCUUUGCAGUAUCGACCAUCAUUUACAAGUGCCCAUCAAAAGAGAACAUUCCUCUUGAAACUUCUGUUUCAGAACUUCCUCCAAGCAUUAUAGUUCCUUCUGAUCUUCCUGUUUAUCCAUCUAGUAACUUCUACGCGCCCUCAGAUGCUGCCAUUUCUUCUGGACAUCCAAGUCUAUCGAUCUUAGGGUCAACACCUCAUUUUCCUGAACUUGCAGUAUCAGCUGAUGCUCAUAGCCGAUUGCCUAUUUACCAAUCUGUGCUUCCUGUAAUUCCUGCUUAUAAUACACCAACAUGUUCUGGGGAGCUAUUAUUGCGUGUUUUAUGCCCUGCUGGCAAGAUUGGGUUGGUUAUUGGUAAAGGCGGGGUGACGAUAAAGAGUAUAAGGAAAGAGAGUGGUGCAAGGAUAGAUGUUGAUGACUCAAAAAAUGAUAGAGAGGAAAGUAUAAUCACUAUCACAUCCACUGAGGCCACGGAUGAUGCUAAGUCUGCAGCAGUGGAAGCUGUUCUGCUGCUGCAAUCAAAGAUCAACGAUGACAGUGAAGGUAAAAUUAAUCUUCGCCUUCUUGUUCCGGGUAAGGUAAUAGGCUGUCUUAUUGGCAAGGGCGGUUCGAUUGUCAAUGACAUGCGGAGUAAGACUAAGGCAGCUAUCUACAUAUCAAAGGGUGAAAAACCACGGAAGGCGUCUUCCAGUGAUGAGCUUGUCGAGGUGUUUGGAGAAGUGGACAACCUGCGUGAUGCUCUUGUUCAGAUAGUUUUAAGACUCAGGGAUGAUGUUUUGAGGGACAGUGUGGACAGGCAAAAUUCUGAGAAGGAUGGGAAGUUAACCGCUGCCACUACUGAUCCUUUGUAUGCAAGCAGUUUCCCUUUGCCUGCAUUAUUACCUUACAGACAGCAAAUCACUCCCCUGGGCUACGAUCAAAGGGGUGAAGUCGAACGUGGUUUGGAAGCAUAUCCACGUAGCAGUUCGUAUGGGUACAGCUCCUUGCAGGUUGUAGAUGAUGGCUAUCCAGCACUCUCCUCAUAUACAUCAAAGGGAUAUGGAGGACGUCUUCCGCAUAUGGAAAUGACUAUUCCUGCUAGUGGUCUAUCAAAAGUAAUGGGGAAACAUGGCACAAACUUGGACAACAUUAGAAAGAUUUCUGGAGCUCACAUUGAAAUUAUCGAAUCAAAAUCGUCUCGUCACGACCAUGUCGCUCGCAUAUCUGGCACCACUGAACAGAAGCAAUCGGCAGAGAAUUUGAUCAAAGCUUUCAUAAUGUCUACUUAAGGUUCUUGUUAUAGUUUUUGAUAUAGUUGGACACUUCUGUCUGUUCCUUUCAACUUCUCUUGCCAUCCAUAAUUUCCUUGGGUCCAGGAAAGAGCAUCAAAUACCUAUCCACACAAGUUUCAAUGAAUCUCAUGCUUAUCUAAGUGUGUAUCCCAGGGGUGAACAGAGUACUCUAUGUUCUUUAUGUGUAUCCCAGGGGUGAACAAAGUGCUCUACGUUCCUUAGGCUCUCAACCUUGACCUAUUUUUGUUGCCUUGGUCAUCUUGUUUGUCAUGUUCAAAUAUUCCCAGUACAUCUCUAAGAUUAGUUCAAUCUCUGCGUGGUUUAACUUGUGAUUUUGUCCUUUCAGCAGUGAUAGCUGAAUCAUUCCAUUGUUAGUACAGGGUAAGAACUCCUUUUCUGUCUGUUUGAGAGCCAAGGCUUCCUUUUCGUUUCAAAUGCUCUUGUGUCCCUACGAUGGAACUUGACAAUGAUCACAUGACUGCCAAAUUCAUCAAUCGCAGUUAAUUUGGAUCCCUUGUUUGGCAUGUUCAAAUAUUCCUGUUGAGUAGUUAAAUCUGUGCAUAGUAUACAGCUCAUGAUUAUGUCCUUUCAGGACUAAUUGCUGAUUCCUUAUCAUGAUUGUCCUUUCAGCACCCCCCCCCCCCAUGUCCUAUGAAGGAAUUUUCGUACCAAUGAUCAUGUGUAUGUAGUCUUCAUCAAAUUCUCUAAUCACAGCAUGCAGAUAAAUUUUCCAGUGUUCUCCAUGAUAUUUUCACUUUUUAAGUUAAUUGUUAUAGUAAAACUCACUUGGCUGUCAUCUUUGUUUAUCUUCCACAUCAAUUCAGAUUUUAGUGCCAUGGCCCCAUACUCUUAUUUCCAGAUAGGUUCAAUUAGUUAAUAUUUAUUUGCUCUCAUUUCCUCAUCUCAUCUUGGAAUUCCUUUGACAUGUUCUCAUCUGCUAUUAUUGUAUUUGACAUUAUCAACUGUGAAUAGUAGGCAAUUGGUGAUAACAACACCGUGUACAAAACUUGUACAAGAGUUAGGAUUAACAACAUGGCUAGGGCAUGCAGCUUUUUUUUUGGAUGGUUUGGCAUGCCAUUGCCAGAAUCUUGUAAAUAGAGGAUUUGAGAUUCUGGAAUUUUGUAGCAGUUUGCCAAUGAAUUGAUUUUUCGUCAAUGUGUAGACGACUGGGAUACUUAUAUUCUGUAUUCUUGAGGAUAAAUUGCAUUGUUUUUUUUCCCCUCAAAUGCAGAGUUUAUGGAAUUGCUGAUGAACAAUAGUCUUGGAUUGUACCAUGAUAUGCAAUUUUAAGCAAUCAACAUCAGGUUGUAAACCGAUGUACAGUACGAGUUACAGUAUAUUUGUAAUUUAUACCAAUUUACUGAUGAUAUAUAAUAUGUUGGCCGGGAAACAACAUGAUUCUAUUGUUGAGAUACUAUGAUAAACAGCCUGUUUAAUUCUACCAAAAAAAGCUGAAUUAGGAACUACUCGUGAUGUUAUUAUUUGUGAAAUCAAGCUUUAAAGUUGCGAAGAUAAGCUAAUCAGACACAGUAGCUAGUUGUCAAAAGAAAAAAAAAGAGGCCAAGCUGAUCAAGCUAAUCUUGAUAGACCAUUCGGUGCUGCAUCAUGCGUGAAUCACAGA